GUUAUGUUGGGGUGUACACACGCAUAGUUUCGGCCGAUGCACAUCACCUUCCGGCAAUUGGCUCGAAUGGAUGCCAUUGUUUUCCAAGGGUUUGCGCGAUGACCUGCAAAAUAGUAAUUGGAUUAUUUAUUUUGAAUUUUUUGCCUCUGCGAGAAAUAGAGAGGGGAAUGGGUGACAAUGGCAACAAAGGCUGUGGAGGAGAUGUCAUGGUGUCUCUUUUAUUCCGCGAUCUGUGGCUGUGAUUCUGCCGAAACCAGCUCGGUCUCCCGCAGUCUCGGCCGGCAGCCGUGGGGGGGGGUGACUUCGGCAGGCCGAUGGGGUGUAGGUCAUGUGACUUGGUAGGUGUGGAAGCUGCCGGUGGUACGUACCACGCAGCUGGGGAUGUGGAACAUCCAUCAUCCAGACAAAUACUGGCGGAUGUCGAUACAAAUUAAAGGAGGGCGGGGAAUACAAAUAGUUACCUAUAAUCCCUUAUGAAGGUCGCCGAGGUCUUGUCGGAUCUGACAUCUCUGAGAGUCUGCGGCCAUGCCGAAGCACUCGCCCUCGUGAAUGUCUACGCUACUAUCGCGAACCAAGAGCAGCAUCAGCAGGAACAGAAUCAGCCGCACGCUGGACAGGUCCCUUCCCCGAAAACAAGUGAUUCACACCCAACCGCUCUCUCAGAAGACCUGCGCCGAGCAAAAGACCUCGUCGAGCUUCAUAAUGAUGGCACGCUAAAGCAGCUGAAUACACACAGCGGAGGCUUGCAUAAGGAGCUUCAGAAGGCCAGACAAGACGUUGAUCGCGUGUUGCGGGAGUUGGGGUAAUUGAGCUGGACGAGAAACGGUUCUGUUUGGCAAAUGGUGGACCCAACCGUUUCAGGUGCUUGACGAGAUUCUUGAUUCAAAAAUCAAAUCCCACUUCGAAUAAAUAGUCAAGUUGGUGACAGGGCAAGCGGGAUGAAAGUGGACUAGGGUUGGCUGGACUUGUGCGGGAUUCCGAAUAAGGUGAAUGGUGUUGAUAUUACUAUACAUUUUAAAUUGAUGUAAGAGGGAAUUGGCGGGCACAGAGGAACAACAAUAAUCAUCGGGCAAUAUAAGCUGAAUUGAUUGUGUCAUGGGUGGAUAUAUACAUCAGCUCAGCUGCGUGACACACAAUUGCGGUGUUGGAUAGGUGUGGAACAAAUGGCUUUCAUACGCUAGAAAUCCGAACUCAAAUCAGAGAUACCAAUACCAGAGCUCAAAUAUUCCGACACUCAAGCAUGCCUACAGACGUAUCCAAGUUCUUAUUUAAAAAGGGUCUUGCAGGCUCCUCGUACCUCCUGAUAGCUGACUUUAACUAACCCCGAAUAUUUUUCACGGUUGGGUUUGAGGCUCUUGUACACGCUAGAAUAUGAGUAGAAGCCGAAAUAACAGCAGAGAAGUUACCGAACCUAAGCACCUAUUUAACUGGUCAGUGUGUUAUUCGGUCAAGCCUCUAAACCAACCCCAGUCAUAUGGGGGUGUCGAGGCACCACCGUGAAGGGUUCCCGAUGUCCAAGCAUCUGCUUCAUCACGAAUAAUUGGAGUCAAAACGUCAAAAUGUGCAUGAAGCUUGGUAGGUUGGCCAAAUGAUUCUGAGCUAGUGAACUUCCAAAUCCACCCUGCCUGCUGCUAGUUGAGAUGCUGUGAUUUCUCGAAUCUGUCCUGAUAAAACACACCAGCCUGGACGAACUAGGAGAAGACUGAGAUAUCUCCCAUCUAGGUUUGCGGGGGCAUUAAAACUAUCAACCUCUAAG